UUUGCAGUUUUGCAAUUAAACAACGACACGUGCCAUAAUUACAGCAAAUAUAAAACGUGUUUCCUGCAGAAGGCCAAAACUUCUCAACAUAUGUUUCCGAUGAAGUACAAAGGACAAUUGACAAGGAAGCUUCCACGAAACCAAGGCACAUUUAAUAGAAAUCAGCAACAAGAACACCUGACAACCAAACGAUGGCCAAUCAAAAAGACGAUGAAAAAACUCUUCAACAAAUGUCAAAUGAAAUUGCAUCAAAAUAUUAUGGAAACAUUAAAUUAAUUCCGGUGAAUUUAUUGGCCCUACAGAAGGCAUCGGAAAAGAAACCAAAAUAAUUUGAAAAAUAUGAAAUACUUUUAUGUGUGCGGAAAAAAACUACCAAAGUCCGAACAGCCAUUAAAUUGAAAAGUUUCCUCAGUAAUGGAAAUGAAACAAAAAGCGGUUAUCAACACUUGAAUGAACUUUUUAAUUAUCAGCAAGAAAAAAAUCGGACUUUUCCCUUUGGAAUUGUUAACGAGAGAAAUAAAUACCAUUUAGUUUUACGCAAAGAAAGGAAUUCCAAAAAUCAUUAUAACCAAAAUCAUUGGACUACUGCUGUAUGCUUUUGUGUGUGUUUGUGUCUGUGCGUAAAUUAUUUAAAUUUGUUUAACACACAAAAUUUGCAUAAGUUUGUUUUGGGGUCCCUCCAGAAGAACCUGAAAACGGCAAACAGCCAAUUGCAAAGUUUAACCAAAACAAUUAACUGUUUUGCAUUUGAAAACGACAAAAUCCUGUUAAUCAUUCGCCGCCGAGAAUAAGCAAAAUAAAAACCCCCCAUCAUCAUCUCAGAACCUGCCUUCCCCAUUCACCACCCACACCAUGUCAGAGUUUCGUUUCUUUGCCGUCACGGAUUUUGAAUACAGUUACAAUCGUUCGCAGAACUUAUUAAAUCUGCCCUUUGCCCCCUUCCAGCCCACCCGCCGCACCACCACCGAUGAAAUCUCAACCGAACUGAAUGUCCCCUAUGCCGUGUUCGAAAUACUCGUUGCCAUAUGUGCUGUCAUCGGUAAUUUGAUGGUGAUUGUGGUGUUCCAGCGCGAAAGGAAAUUACGCCGUCGCACCAACUAUUACAUUGUCUCAUUAGCGAUAGCGGAUUUUUUGGUUGGUUCGCUGGGUGUUCCGUUUGCAAUUUUGGCCUCUAUUGGCCUGCCAACAAAUUUGCAUGCCUGCCUUUUCACCAUGUCGCUGCUGGUGGUGUUGUGCACAAUUUCGAUAUUUUGUUUGGUGGCCGUCUCCGUUGAUCGCUAUUGGGCCAUAUUGUAUCCGAUGGCAUAUUCGCGAAAUGUGCGGACAAGAACGGCAAUAGUCAUAAUAUCCAUGUGCUGGUUGGCUGGAGCCAUAGUCGGAUUCCUACCCCUGUUCGGAUGGCAUGCUGCAGUUGACACAAAUCAAGCCUGCCUCUUUGUUGAGGUCAUGGAUUAUAACUAUUUGGUGUUUCUGUAUUUUGCCACAAUUAUUACGCCUGCCCUGUUGAUGAUCGCCUUCUAUGCUCACAUCUAUAAGGUUAUCAUAAAACAGGUACGACAAAUUGUUACCAUGAAUCCGAUGGGUGACACCAGUCGGCGUAGCUCUACAGCCCAAAUACAUAACAACAGCAGCAUAAAUGGUCGCGGUGGACCAUGUCACGGGGGUACUAUGCUGAGAGUCCUGGGUGCGGCAAGAAAACGUGACGUGAAGGCAACACAAAAUCUAUCCAUUAUCGUUCUCUUCUUUAUGAUCUGUUGGAUUCCACUGUAUACGAUCAAUUGUAUACAGGCCUUCUGUCCGACGUGUUUUAUACAUCCCAAGCUGACAUUAUUCUGUAUAAUAUUAUCACAUUUAAAUUCGGCGGUGAAUCCGAUUUUAUAUGCCUAUCAUUUGAAGGAUUUCCGUUUGGCUAUGAAAAAUUUAAUUCUCCGAGUUAUGGGCAUUGAGGUGGAGGUGACACUGGAUGCGCAACAUCGUUUCUCGUUGGCCUCCCAGCAUCGUUUGCAAUCGAUGGAUGUUAGUUCGAGAAAUAAUGUUCAAACGAGGAUCUAUAUAGAUUCUCCCAUUUGGUUGCGUCAGCAGCAACAAUCCUUGAAAAAUUCCCAAUUGGUGGCCAAAUGUGGUGUGGUGACACCUUGCUUGAAUAAUAUCCACCAGACGGUAGCUGCUGUGGCCUCUGUGACAACAGAUAUCGAACGUGACAUGUGGAAUAUUAGAGAGGCUUCCAGCACUGCCGAGGCUGGAGAAAUAAAUUAUAUUUUCGUCGAUGAUAAGGACUCGGGGGCUCCAACACCACCUCCCCGGCGUAAACGCAAGAAGCAGCAAAAAACUGAAGGUUGUGAGAGUCCUUAUUCCUAUGACAACUGCAAUUACACUCCCAGUCCUGAAGAAGAUGAUUUCGAGGAAGUUUUUCUACCCAGCAGACCGCAGGAAACCCCAAAUGGUGGAGUAGAUCAUAAAGUACUCAACGAAAGUCUCAUAGCCUGUGCCAUGCGUGAUAAGCUAAGGUCCGAUAUAGAUGAUAGAGGCCCCAGCACCCCUCACUCCCAGAGUGAUUAUGAGAUACCAAAGAAUGACAGGGAUUCCAGUACAACGAGUACACCUCUACAUCAGCUAAAUAGGGGAAAUUCUCUGGCAAAUACUCCACCCCUAACGCCAAAGCAAAUACAAGAACUAAAACAAAAAGAGGGUCUCAAGUCUUCCCUUUCCAACGGAUGUCUGAGUGGCAACUCCAUUUAUAUCAUAGACAGUGAUUCCAGUCCCAACACACCGGGACAUAAACCCAAAUUUCGUAAAUCAGCCCACAUAACAAGGGCCUUAAAUAAAUCCCUAACCCGUUCCUGUUCCUGCACCAGUGACACCUCAAUAUCCCUUUCGCCGCAAAGGGACAUGGAACCACCCACCACCACCACCACCACAGCUACCACCAAACAUUCCGAUAGUAAUAAUUCUAAUAAUUCUCUAAAUAAUCAACACUCAACAUCCAGUCAGCAGCUGGCCAGUAAUCCUGCAACUGGCAACUCCCACAACAACAAUAAUCUCAAUUAUUUUACAUUUCAUCAUCCCUCGGCGGAUUAUCAAUAUCAUCAUUCGCAUCCCCAUCGAAUACGUAACCCCCAACAUUCUCAUCAGCAUCAUCAUCAUCAUCAGGAUAAAUUUAGUCCCCUCAAGGCCAUGAGUAACUUGAUAUUCCCUCCAAUUGUUAAACAUUCCAGCCUUUUUCAAUUAUUCCAUCCCUCCUCUGCCUCUGCCGCCACCAGUAGUAAUACAGAAACAGCAAGGCCAACCUCACCAUGUUCCACAACGACUGCCCCAAUGCCAGCCAACAACUUAUCUUCUUCAUCAGCGGUAUUAAACAAUUCCGAAUCCAAGUCUUCACAACAAGAAACGACUGAUAAUGUUAAUAGAACAAAUAUUUGCAAUAAUCCCAAUCCUCGUUGCAAUGAUGAGGACAUCAGCAAUUCUUUUACUUCCCUAGCCACAGAGGUCAUUGAGGUCUCGUCAAUUGAAGUUCCAAGACUACCUGAGAUAAGGGCCGAUAGUUGAGUAUUAGCUUUAGAAGUUCUAAUUUAACAAUACUCAUAGUUAAAUAAAAUUAGUUAAAGUUUGUUGAUCAAUUAACCGAACACAGGGGCCAUUCCCCCGAUAGUCUUUAAGUUGUAUACGAAUAUUUUUAGGAAUUGGAAUAUAGAAAAAUCUAAUCUGAGAAUUAGCGAGGUCUAGGGCAUUAAGGUAAUUUUACCUCCAGUAUUUGUAAACGUUUUUAUAUGGUUUUCAAAUUUCAUUUCUUUUUCUUUUAUCGAAAAAUGAAAAAUGGCCACAAUAGGCAAAGGAUUAUGAAGGUAGAACCUUCAGAGUGCCAAUGACCGGUAUAAAAUAUAUUUGCGAUUAAUCUGAAAACCUGGACCUACAUUAAGCAAAAUACAAAAUGCCGUUGGAUCCACAAAACAACCUGAAAUCGGGCAUAAUCGCUAUAUUGGUCUUAUUUAAUAAUUGAAUAUAUAAAUCUUUAAAAUGUCGAAAAUCAAAAUAUAUGAACUUUUCGAUAAAUAGUGGACCCAUAUUAGGAAUUUUUGAAAAGAAAGUUUGAAACUCUUAGAGAAACCUAACCAUCGAAUUACUGAAAAAUAAGAUGGAAACUACAUUAGAAAUAUUGAAAGCGCUCUAAAUUAGGUAUUAUAUGAGGAAUACAUCCAAAACACAAAGUUUGGUCCACGUCUUGGUAUAGCCCCCAUACAAGGGUAUAUCCCGAUUUUAAGUAUUUUUUUACAUUUUAGUCACAUUUUUAUACCCUCCACCAUACUAUGGAGGGUAUAUUAAC